AUGAGUUCAGGUUUCAUAUGCUCGGAUAUUCAUAAUGCAUUUUUUGAGCUACUAUCAGCAUCUGAAGUAAAGAAGAUAUCGGUUUGCCAUAUUGUCUCCUCAAUCACUUUCGAAUCAACAGGAGAUGCGAAACGUGGUGGUCUACACGAUCCUUCUAUGGGACCUUUGGAUAUUCGUGAUUUUUGCACUACCUGUGGUGGAAGAAGUGAAUGUCCCGGUCAUAUUGGUCACAUAGAACUAGAACUUCCAGUCUAUCAUCCUUUGUAUAUACGUCAGCUGGUAAACCUACUUAAAUCUAUAUGUUGGCAUUGCUGUACUUUGAGAAUAUGUCAAGAUACAUGUAAAGAUUAUAUUAAGCGUCUAUUUUUGUUGAAAGAGUCAAGAUAUACUGAUAAUAAACAUUUUCUAAGUGAUGGUAGAGCAACUACCCAUACGGAGUAUGCAGAUAAUUGUAGCAAACUAAUUUGUGAUUCAAAUAGUCAACUGAAUCAACCAUCAAAUAUAUUAUCUGUGGAUGAGAGAGCUAACAUUCUUCCAAAUGAUGAUAUAGACAUUCGAACUUUUAUCUCUUCAGAUGGGUAUACCCUUGAACUAUGGAAUAACUUGCGCUCAGAGUUUUUUGAUAAGGCGAUUAAGCAGAAAGCAUGUUCAAAUUGUGGAAAGUCAUUCAGAGCUACAGUAAAAGAAUCACAAUUGAGUAUAGGAAUAACUUUAUCAUGGCCUGAGAGUAGCAAAUCACCUAUUGGUUUAGGUAGUACAUGGGGAAAUUACAAUUUAAAGGAAGGUCAGAUUAAGAUUGAAGAUGACUUCUCUUCAGAAGUACCUGAUCAAGCUAAGAUACAUACCAAAAAAGGACAAAGUUUAAUUUCACAACAUUUUCAGGCAUUUCAAGUUGUCCCUAUAUUAAAGAAGUUAUGGGAAAAUAAUGAAAAAAUAUUAGAAUUUUUAUUUCCAAUGAGUCGUGAAAUUUCGUGGGAGAUGUUUUUUAUGUUUGUAAUACCAGUUCCAGCAAAUAAAUUUCGUCCUUUAGGUGCUCUAGGAGGGAGGAAUAUCCCAUUAUUGCACCCACGAACAUCUGCACUACUGGAUAUUUUAGUUGCUAAUGAACGACUUCGCUUCUAUAUUGAUUUACAGAGACAAAAUAAAGAUAAAAGUACAGAUGAUAUAGGUGGAAGUUCAAGUCAAUCUGGAUUGCUAUCAUAUGUAUCUUCUUUACAAGAGAGAGUCAACUCAUAUUUGGAUAAAAACAAAAGCUUUAAACCAGCAUCAACCCCACCAGGAAUUAGACAAUGGCUCGAACGAAAAACAGGUGUAAUUAGACAAAAGAUGAUGGGUAAAAGAGUUAAUUACUCAGCUAGAACUGUUAUUGGACCUGAUCCCUACUUGGAAACUAAUGAAAUUGGGAUUCCUCUAAUGUUUGCAAGGAAUUUAACAAUUCCUGAGUAUGUUGGUACCCAUAAUGUACUUAUUAUGUGCAAGUUGGUAGAAAAUGGAACAGAUCAUUAUCCUGGUGCAACGAAAUUACAGUUAGAUGGCACUCUGUAUGACUUAUCCAGACUAAACAUAUCACAGAGAAUAUCUAAAUCUAAAUUACUACUUUCUUCAGUUUUUACCUCACCGAAUCCAUUAAUCCAAAACAAUUACCCAAUAGUAUUUCGGCAAGUAAUAGAUGGAGAUGUUGUCCUAAUGAACCGUCAACCAACUCUUCAUAGACCAAGUAUUAUGGCACAUUUCGUUCGAAUUCUACCUAAAGAUAAUAUAAUGAGACUUAAUUACGUAAACUGUGGCACAUAUAAUGCGGAUUUCGAUGGUGAUGAAAUGAAUCUACAUCUUCCACAAUCACUAUCCUCCCGUUCAGAAGCUAAGUAUAUAAUGGAUGCAUCACAACAGUACUCUGUACCAAAAAGUGGAGAACCUUUACGCGGUUUAAUACAAGAUUCAUGCAUUGGUGGUGCAUUUUUAACGAGCAAAUCAACAUUUUUAAAUCGUGAAGAAUAUUAUCACCUACUCUACACCUCACUUUCCUUUAUACUUGAUGUAAAGUCUUCUGCUCUUUCUAGUUUACCAAUAAUGUAUUCUGCCAAUGGGCAUGUUAUAUUCGGUAAAAAUAAUACUUCUUCUCAGUUAAAUACAGCUUCUGGUACAGUAACUAUUGAUGAGACAAUACUUAGGUUUCAAUCUCACAAAAACAAUAGGAGGGAAUUUACUAGCUCAACAAAUUUAGAUGGAGUGAUAUUAGAACCUCCUGCCAUAUUUAAACCAAUUCCUCUUUGGACAGGUAAACAGGUUGUAACUUCAAUGUUGAAGACAUUUAUAAACAAAACUUCAAGUUCAGAUCGUAAGAUAUAUGCAGGUAUUAACCUGAUUUCGAAAUCACGUACUCCGGGAGAUUCAUGGAAUGGGAUCAAUGAUGGUGACUCUGAAGAGUCAACUGUUAUUAUAAGGAAUAGUGAGCUUUUACAAGGAGUUAUUGACAAAAACCAGUUUGGAACCAAUACAUAUUGUUUAGUACAUCUUUGUACUGAUUUAUUUGGACCAGUUAUUGGUGGAAGGCUUUUAUCAUCUUUUUUCUACUUAUCCCAAGCUUUUUUACAAAUUAGAGGAUUUACGUGCAGUAUUGGAGAUAUGUUAUUAACAUUAGAAGCAGAAAAAAGACGUAAAGAUAUCAUUAAUAAAUGUACAAAUGCUUCUGUAUUUUUACAAGAAGCCUUCUCUAACUUGGUAUUACAGAGAAUUAAUAAUGACUACGAGAUCUCCUCUAUGGAAUAUUCCCUCCCAAGUAUAGAAUGCAAAUUCACUGAUAAAUUAAAGGAUAUUUGCGACUUUAGUGACACUUCUUACACGAAAUUUGUUGAAUCUCCUAAAAGUCAAGCACAGACUUUAAGAAUAAUUAUUGACAAGCUUUCAGAAUAUUACAAAUCUAACACUGAUGUAGAUAACAAAAUUAUGAUUAGAGAGCUCACAAAGUAUACCAAUUUAUUUAAUCUUCUUAAUUUUAAUUCUCACCCAACUGGCUUAUCUACCAAAAUAAAAAGUAAUUAUAGUAAACCCUGUAAUCUCACUUUGAAAGAUGGAAAUAAUCAAAUCCCUUACUACUACCAAAGCUGGCUUGUUAAUAGACUUGAGAAUGCAACAUGCCCUAAUAAUAAGAGUUAUAGAAGGAAUUUUUUUCUAGUAUAUCCAAAUGAAGUAACAAGAAGGAGAGUUGAAUUCGUUGUUGGAAAAUUAUUAUCUCAAAAUACUUCAUCAGUAAUGAAGAUUAUUGAUACAUUCUGCAAAAUGGGCAUUGGAAAUAUUAGCUCUCAAGUAGGUGAGAUAGUAAAUGGCUCUUCCACAUUCUUACCCUUUCCUAAGAAUGGAUUUUCAUCAAUGGUUAUUACAGGAGCAAAGGGUUCACGUGUUAAUCAUCAAAUGAUUUGUGCAAUGCUUGGACAGCAAGAACUUGAAGGUAGAAGAGUUCCAAUAAUGAUCAGUAUGAAAUCUCUGCCAGCAUUUGCUCCAUAUGAUUUUGGUUCAAGAGCCGGAGGUUUUAUUACUGAUAGAUACUUGGAUGGUUUACAUGCUCAAGAAUUUUUUUUUCACUGUAUGUCUGGUCGUGAAGGUCUAGUUGACACUGCUGUUAAAACGGCUAGGUCAGGUUAUUUACAAAGGUGUAUUUUAAAAGGUCUAGAGAGUAUGAUUGUUCAAUAUGAUGGUACAGUAAGGAGUGAUGAUGGAAGCAUGAUACAAUUCAUAUAUGGUGAAGAUGGUAUUGAUGUAUCUAAGUGUAGUUAUAUAGCGCGAGUUGAUGACCUUGCUAGGAAUAUAGAACUUUUGUCACGCAGUUUGAAUGCUUGUGAAGCUAAAAGGAAUGAUGUAGUGAGACUUUCUUUUUCAAAAGUUCUUGAAAUAGAACAUAAGUACGGACAAUUUGCUACAGUAAUGAAUAGAAGCAAAAAAGAAAAAAAGGCUAGAUCGAACUCAAGGAGAUAUUUCAGUUGGGAAAUAGUAAAAUUGGAUGAGAGUGAUACACCCAUAACAUCAGUAUUACCACCUGCUGAAUAUUGUGGUUCUGUUUCAGAACUAUUUGUUUCUAAUCUUACAGAAAACAAUUUGCAGCGAUUAUCACAUCUUUGCAAUAAUCAUCAAUCAAUUAAUACCAAAGUAGAAAGGCUGAAAUAUGAAAAUAAACGAAGAAAUGGUGACUCUUCCCAUAAUCUUGAAGAAUUAAAGAAUAUAGAGUACUUACUCCGACUGAAGUACUCACAGACACAAGUAGCUCCAGGUGAAGCCGUGGGAUGUCUUGCAGCCCAGUCUAUUGGGGAGCCUGCUACUCAAAUGACACUAAACACUUUUCACUUAGCAGGUCAUGGUGCAGCCAAUGUCACCUUAGGUAUACCAAGGCUUAGGGAGUUGUUACAAACAGGAGGAGAGUCAAAAACUCCAUAUUCAUUUAUACCAUUAAAUGUUAAGGGCUCUAUGAAUCAAUUACAAGCAGCUAAUGCUGCAGAUCAGGUUUUGGCAUGUUUCAAAAGUAUUCCACUCACAGAUAUAAUUGCAGCCAUUGGUAUCGAUAAUUCAAUAAUUUAUGACUGUGUUGGUCAGUACAACAACAGCAAACCCUCUUACUGUUGGAGAUACGAUCUAACGAUUCAAUUUGAAGAUUUAGACUCAUUUUGUAAAGUAGUUCCUGGUUACUCAAUAUCAAAUAUAAUUAAUCAGAUUUUUUCUAAGUGUUUACGACCAUUUUUGAGACAGGUAAACAGUAUGUUUAUCCUAUCAUGCUUGAAGUGUAGAACCAAUAGUAGGUUUAGUUAUUUACAUGACGAAGUAGAUGAGUUUACAUACAAGUAUAUAUAUGGAUGUCGGAGUUAUAAGGAAGAGAGAAGAAAUAUUGAGACAUAUAAAGGCUCAUCAAACAACUUAUCAAAUAUUGAACAAGAGAGUAAUAAUAUAGACAUAGCAGAAAGUAGCCAGGAUAAUAAGGAAAUUGAAAAUGAUAUUGGCACAUCGAGAGAAAAAUCAGAUGGAAGCAGUGACUCCGAGACUGAGCUAAAGAGUAUUGGGACAGAUGAUGAAUAUUCCGAUGAAGAGAAAAUUGCAAAUAUAAACGAAAAUAGUGAAAUAGAAGUUGAUGGUGAUAGUAUUGUAAAUGAGGCGAAAAGUGAAGAUAUAUCUUUUUCUUUUGCAGACACUGAGGAUUUAUCUAGCCAUGCAAUACGUCUUAAAAUUUUAAGCCCCAUUUUAUUGAGACAUGUUUGGGAUAUAAAGCUUAGUAGACUAACAAAUUCUCUAAAGGUGACUAUUGGAUGGCCUAUUGAAUCCUGUCCUAAUCGUAUUGACUUAUUGCCAGAAUUAUCACACUGCAUCUCAAAAGCACACUUGCGCUCUGUAGAGAAUCUUAAAAAUGCUCGAAUUACAAGAUGUCAACAAUCGGAAGGUAAUACAUUGGAGGUGACAGUUCAAGGAACUAAUAUUGGCUAUAUAUAUAAUAUUUCACCUGAUUUGGUGUUACACAAUAAUAUAAGAUCCAAUGAUAUCCAAACAGUAUACAAAUAUUAUGGCAUUGAAGCUGCAAGAAAGUGUCUUAUAAAUGAAUUAACAAAUGUAUUUGCAGUUUAUGGUAUCAAUGUUGACUAUAGACACUUGUCAUUAAUUGGAGAUACAGUGACAUUUAGUGGCUCUAUACGCGUAUUUAGUAGAGUUGGUAAUGUAGCUCACAGUACAUCUCCUUUUUUACAAAUGUCAUUUGAAACUAGUAUAAAAUUCUUAGCUGAUGCUUGUUCAAGGGGUGCUAUCGAUUCACUAAAAAGUCCUGCAAGUUCAAUAUCAGUUGGUAAGAUAUGUUCAGUUGGUACAGGACUAAGUCGUAUAUUUACGAUAGUUAAUCAUUCUAACAAGUCGAAUGUUUUUAAAGAAAUACAUGGUAAAGAGAAUGACCAUAGAUUCAGAUUUGUUUCUAACUAG